GACCUGUUAUCGUCCUUACCUGGGCUUGUCAGCCCAUAAGUAGCCACUUACCGGUUCCCUCUUCCACUUGUUCCACUCACUCAUUCAGCCAAUCCCUCGUUUCGCCAGUCACUCGUUCAGUCACUCAUUCAGUCACUCAUUCGAUACCAACCACCAACAUGGGACAGAGUCAUUCAUCCAGCGGCGCAUCCAGCGGCGCACCCAGCGGCGUUUCCGUCGGCACCUCCGGCGGCAGCGCGAUCUCGGGUGCUGUGACGCCGGUCAUGAUGAACAACUUCCACACCUUCAUUCAAUACACGUCGGCGGCCUGGUGCAACUCGGACCCCCUCCAAAUGUCCACCAAGAUCUCCUGUAGUAACAAUGCCUGCCCCGACAUUGAAACGCAUGACACCCACAUUGUGACCACUCUAGAGUCUCCCGAACGGGAGAGUGGGGGCUACAUCGCCCUCGACUACACCGCACGGAUGAUCGUGGUCGCCUUCCGCGGCACCAGCGGCAGCGGAGACUGGAUGAACAACAUCAAAGCCGACUUGGUAGGCUCGGAUCUGUGCUCCGGCUGUAAGGUUCAUAACGGAUUCCAGGACACCUGGUCCACCGUCGAGCAGUUCGUUAUGGCGGUCGUCCCCGGACUCCGUGGCAACUACCCUGACUACACCGUCGUCACCACGGGCCACAGUCUGGGUGCGGCCCUGGCCACGCUGUCGGCGGCCCACCUCCGCCAGAAAACGGGGAUCCCUGUUGACUCUUACCUCUACGGGUCUCCGCGCAUCGGCAACGAGGAGUUCGUCGAGUUCUUCAACGGUCUGCCCGGCCAGACGUUUCGCGUCACCCACUGGGAUGACCCGGUCCCGCGGCUGCCGGGUCACGAUUUAGGCUACUACCACGUCGACACAGAGUACUGGCUCUCGCUGGGGGGCGCCGAGAAGGUAGACUACAGGCCUGAAGAUGUCAAAGUCUGUCAGGGGAAGUAUAACACGGAUUGUAAUAGCGGCACCCAGUUUACUAACCUUGACGUCGAGGCACACAAGUGGUACUUCCAGCAGGUUGGCUUGUGUAAGCCGUAAAGAUAAAGAGACCCCCUACUACAAUAGUAGAUAUCAUUAAGGCUACUACAGGCUGUUUAAUACCUUAAACGUAAUAUCUCUAGGGUACUAGAAACUAGAGUUCCUAGAUUACUUCUAUUUAUCUCUUCUCUAAAUUAUUAAAUCUAAAUAACUAUUCUAAAAA